AUGACGACGCCGUGGACGCCCGCGGGCGAGGCCGCGUACCGGGCGCUCGUGCUGCAGCGCAACCAGAACCCGUCGCCGGUCGUCGAGGAAGCUGCGUAUGAGACCAUGGACGCGGUCCAUGCGCCUGAGCCCCACUCGAGCAGCAGCCUGCGCAUCCCGCUGCCGCAGGUCGUGCGUCGCCUGCUCACCGACACGAUGGUCUCGGCCGACCCCGAGCCGUACGAAGACCAGACGACGCCCACGAACGUCGUUACCGACGUCGUCGACAACCACACGAUCUCCAUCAACAAGGAGCGCAAGUCCAUGGUCAACUCGACCAUCACGAACGCGUCGGCAGGCCGGCGUCGGCGCCCAAACGACCUGCCCAACUUUCCGGUCCCGCGCGUGACGAUCCAAGAGACGCAGCGCUACACGUUCGCCCUCAUCUUGCGCAACACGAAGCAAGUCGCUCGGCUGUACAAGUCGCGACUGCGCGGUGUGACGGACCCCGUGACGCGUGCGCACUUGACGCCGGCCGACAUCUCGGCGCACGUCGCCGCGUUGCAGCAAAAGUGCUUGCGGCGGCUCGUCCAGUCGGGUCUCGGCGUCAUCUUGCUCGACAAUGACAUUUAUGUCGAGGAGCGGGAUGUGACGCAUGCGCAGACGGACAACAUUUGCAUCCUUGUUGACCCGUACAAGAGCAAAGGGCUGCUGCACCUCGAGUUCAUGCGCGAGAAGGACGAGUUUGCGAUCGCACAAGGCAACGCGACGUCACGGCUUGGCGAGGCGCGCCUGCCGAUCUCCGGCUCCAAGGACAUUUGCUUUUCGCCGGCGCUCGAGCUCCAGCUCACGCACAACAUUAUCCGGAACGCGUUGCGCGACUACGACCAGGACGAGGCCACGAUCGACCGCCAGUGCAUCCCGACCGUCGACGACGUGAUCCACGCCGUCUUCCCGCUCCACGACAAAAAGUUCAGCAAGGACUUUUUCGAAAUGUACCGCAAGCGGACGUUCCAAUUCAAGUGGGGCCGCACGAUCACUGGUAACUCGGAGCGCUGGGCCAUUGAAGAGCUGCGUCUGCACUUUGGCGAGCGCAUCGCGUUCCUCUUUGCGUUCAUGCACAUUUACACCAAGGCACUCGUGCCCAUCGUGGUCAUCGGUACCGUCUACUACAUUACGUGCCGGUACUUUGUCGCGCAGUCGUGGAGCAUCUACAUGAUUGGCCUCUCGGUCUUUGGCUUUGGCAUCGCGACGAUCUGGGCGCCGAUUCUGCUGCACGUGUGGGGGCGCGAGACGCGGCUCCUCGUCGAAAAGUGGAACCUCGGCGGGUACAAGCAGACGGUGUAUGAAGCCAACGAAGAAAACGCCAACUACCAGUACACGUGGGAGCAGAACAUGCUCACGCAGCAGUGGGAGAAGACGCCGAAGCGCGGAAAGCUCGAGAUGCUUCGGACGACCAUGGGCCUCUUUGUGGUCGUGAGCUGCAUCGUUCAGUGCGUGUUGCUGCUGCCGUUCAUCCAGUGGUAUGUGUACGCCAAGCAACUGCCCACGUGCACCGACUGCCGCGCGCGGCUCAUCAGCAACCCGAACAGCGAAAGGUCGCUUCUCGACUGCGUGUAUUUCAUUACGUGCUUCAACUCAGAGACGUCGGCGAUCGGGUCGGACCGGUGGGUGUACAUCCUCGCGCAGGGUAUCGCGCUCGGCCUCGUCAUUGACGUCAUCUUUUUCGAGUUUUUCAACUGGCUCUCGGCCAAGUUUGUCGAGUGGGAAAACUGCGAGAAGAAAUCCGAGUACGAAGCACGGCUCAUCCACCGGUCGUUUGUGUUUGUGUGGUCCAACUGGUUCUUCUGGUUCCUCUUCCUCGCGUUCGUUUACCUGCCAUUUGGCGACACAAUCAACCAAAAGUUUUUGGUCGAAAUUGUCGGUCUCGGCGGGUGGACAUGGACGCCGGGGCUGUUGACGAUCGACACGCUGUUUGUGACGCCGCUCGUCGUGACGCAGUUUCUCAACAUGACGCUCGAGACGCUCGUGCCGUACCUCAUGAAGAAGUACCGCGGCAAGCCGUUCAGUAUGCGCAAGUGGUUUAGCACGUGGAACUGCACGCUGCGCCGCGACAAGCGCAAGCACAUCCAGCGCGCGACGCACAACAAGUCGGCGCGCAAGCUCGCGGCCGACGUCUCGGCCGUCACGCGCUUUUUCGUGCCCGUCCUCGAGCGCUCGGACGACGACAACCAGCACACGGCGUACGAGAUCGUGGCCGAGUCGACGCUGCCCGUCUUUGAUCCCAAGUUCGACUACCUCGACGCGGCCAUCCAGUUUUCCUAUGUCGUCAUGUUUUCGGUCGUCUGGCCGCUGCUGCCAAUCCCGGCUUUUCUCAACAACGUCUUUGAGGUGCGUGGGGAUGCGUUCCGACUGCUGUUUUGCCAUCGGCGACCGAUGCCGCGUCGUGAUGCGUCGAUUGGCGAGUGGGCGACAGCGCUGCAGUACGCCAACAUCAUUGGCAUUACGAUCGUCGCCAUCUUUAUCGUCAUGUACCACUCGGAGGCCUUCUAUAACCAGUGCGACUACGAUUUCUCGGUGGCGGUCAUGGUGCCCAUCUUUUCGCUCAACGCGACCGAGGCCAAAGACCCCGUGAGCUGCAAGGCGUUCCUCGAGAACAAGAGUCACAUCAUCCUGCACCAAGUGUUUGCUUUCAUCAUCCUCGAGCACGUUGGUUUCAUCAUUCGGUACCUCGCGACGCAGGGCGACAAGGUUCCGCGCUCGAUCGGCAACCCGAGCUACGUGCGCCUCAAGCAGCUGCGCGAGCUCGCGUCCAAGCGGUCAGCGGUCGUCGAGCAGUUCGAGUACAUGAAGCAGCUGCGCGUUGUUUUCGAUAAGUACGACGGCGAUGGCAUCGACCACUUGUACGAAGAAGAGCUCGUGUCCUUCCUCGCCGAGUGGGUCGGCACGGACAAGUCGAAGCUCGCGCCGUACGGCUCGAUUCUCUUCCGGUAUAUGGACAAGAACCGACUCGGGAAGGUGCCCUUCUCCACGUGCUGCCUCAUGCUCCGCCACGCCGAGUAUGACCGGUUCUUCUCGGUGCUUCUUGGCACGUGCGACUCGCUCGACAACUUUCGCAACGAUCGCAUGCGACUCUCGCUGGCGGACGAAGGCCUCGGCGCCCACGCCCGGCACCUCUCUCGCUACCAGUCGCUCUCGAGCCACACGCCGCGGCAGAGCCACGACGGCUACGACGGUGUCCCCAGCGACGAGGACGAGGACGACUCGUUUGUGUCGCUCCGACUGCGGCACGCGUACAAGUCGGACGACGAAACACCACCGACCAACGUCUAG